GCUGUGAUUGGUCACUGUGGAAAAAUCACUCCACUUUUUAUAGCCAUAGACUCCACCAAUGUGAUCACAUGUCAUGGAUUUAACGGUCAAAAACAAGGAAUUCCACCACAUUGGACGCUACGAGUUAAGUUUGCAGAGAAAACAACCAAGGCCUAUAUAUUGUAAUAAGUCUUUGGGGAGUAUUUUGCAAGGACGUGUCUGGACUUGUCUACCACUCCUUUGGGACAAACAGUGGGGGUCACAUGGCCUAUAUAUAAGUGAAGGUCUUAGCUACAGAUUUAUUUGGAAAGUGCAGAAGUGCAGACUGGGUUGAAUGAAAUUUCAAAAUUUCUUUACCAUGUGCGUGUUACCACUAAUCCUACUCGGAAUGUUUUCCAGGCUCUGUAGCAGUGAUCAAUCAUGUCCGGAAGUGAAAGUUUUGGGGAUUGGGGACUCAGACAAAUUGACAAUUCUUAGAGGCUGUCCUGGUCAUCCCGGCCUUCCAGGUCAAAAAGGAGAUGUUGGGACUCUGGGAGAAAAAGGGCAAAAGGGAUCUGUGGGGGAGCCAGGAAAAGUCGGACCCCCAGGCGUAAAAGGAGAAAGAGGAUUUGUGGGGGAACCAGGAAAGGAUGGACCUGCAGGACAAAAAGGAGAGAAAGGAGAAAGUGGUGUGAGUGAGGGAGGCUAUGCUGUCAGGAACUGCAAAGAAAUCCAGAACCAGGGGGCAGUGCUCAGUGACUGGUACACCAUAUACCCGGAUGGCAGCCAGCCCCUGAAGGUCCUGUGUGAUAUGGACACCGAUGGAGGGGGGUGGAUUGUAAUACAGAGACGUUGGGACGGGUCAGUGGACUUCUUCCGUACUUGGGAUGCUUAUAAGAAAGGGUUUGGAAGUCGGCUAAAUGAAUUUUGGCUGGGAAAUGAUAAUAUUCAUCAAAUAACUUCAACAGGCACAUGGGAAUUACGUGUUGAUCUACAAGAUUUUGAAGGUAAAAAGGUGUUCGCCAAGUAUUCAAACUUCAAAGUCUUGGAUGAAUCUGAGAAAUAUGCAUUAAUAAUAGGAUCCUUUCAGGGAGGAACUGCAGGAAAUUCUAUGGGAGGUCUAAGCAACACCAAGUUUAGUACUAAAGAUGAAGACAACGACACUUUUGAGACCAGCAGCUGUUCCCGAGCACAUAAAGGUGGCUGGUGGUAUAUGAAAUGUCACAAAGCUAACCUGAAUGGAUUAUACCACCGAGGAGAGCACACAUCCAAUGCAGAUGGCAUCAACUGGUAUUCUGCAAGAGGGUAUAACUACUCAUUCAAGCAGGCAGAAAUGAAGAUUAGGGCGGUUUAAAAAUAAAAUGCUCACCUGAUGGAAUUAUUCUAAAGGCCACAACAAUAGAUAGGUUAUGUUCACACAAUGGAAUAUCGGUGCAGAAUUCCACAGAAAAAUUCCACAUGGACAUUCUGCAGCAGCAAAGUUCCAUUGAUUUCGCUGUGCACACAAUGGAAUUUCCGCUGCAGAUGUUUCUGCUGCGGAAAUUCCGAUUUGGGAGUCCACAGAAAGAAUAGACAUGUCUAUUCUUUCUGCGGAGUCUGCACUGUAAUGGAUUGCUGUCUAUGAGAGAGCGCAUUGCCGAGCGGUCUUAGCACUGCCAUAUUCUGCUGGUGCUCCGCUGUCGGUGAAAUGUCUGCAUAACAGAUCAAUCCCACUGGGGAGAACAGGAUCCCAACAAUUGCAGCAAUGAGUCCCAGAUCAACAUCCAUGGAAGUGAAUGUGAGUCCAAAGGAAAAGUGGAAAAAACAACAGCUGUAUCGCAAAUUGCGCAAAAUUAAAGAAGGGACACGGUAAAGUGAACUAAAAAUAACAAACUUGGAUUCAUUAUUGUGUCCAAUAUAAACACUUUUCAGAGACAUUCGUCUCCUCCCACAAGGCAUUAUGGGGGAAAUUUAUCAAAACCUGUGCAGAGGAACAUUUGCUGAGUUGCCCAUAGCAACCAAUCAGGUCGCUUCUUUCAUUUUGCAGAGGCCUUGUUAAAAAUGAAAGAAGUGAUUUGAUUGGUUGCUAUGGGCAACUCAGCAACUUUUCCUCUAGACAGGUUUUGAUAAAUCUCCCCCAAUGUCCACACACAUACAGCUAUUGUUGGCGCCUCUAGGUCUACAAUAUGGCGCCAACUAACAAUACUAAAAUGUAUCUAGACAUAUGGGGGGACAUGUAUCAAAGAAUUUACACAGUUUUUGUGUGUAAAUUCUUGCGCAAAAUUUUGCGCAAGCUGUUUUUUGCGUCUUUUUUUUGCGUACAUUCUGAUAGAGCAUUUCCUCCUGAUGUCGCGAUAUGGGGUACCUUGGAGUGACAUCUAUAGUAGGCAGGGAUUUUUUAACUGCGUACUUUUCCUUUACACCUCAAAUUUUCCGCAAGUAACUUUUAUUUGAACGCAAAUAUAAGCCGUCUUGGACUGCACUUAGCGAGAUGCUCUAAAUCAUCCGUCAUUUUUCAGAGCGGAUUGCGGAGAUUACUCUGCUUCUGCCGCUAGUCAGAUUAUCUCUGUGAUACUUAAAAUCUUUCCAUGUACCUUUUAAUAACAAUGUAAUGAUUAUGGACACUUGUGAUCACCCGGCUGCAGGACUUUAUAGGACUACUAUUCCCAUCAUGGACAGACUCUGCCCAUGAUGGGAGUUGUAGUCCAGGGGCAGAUCGCAGCAGAUCAUUCUGCAGAGACCCUCUGCAAUCCGCAUUUACUAACUUAAAAAGUCAGCGGCACAUGCGGCUACACUGCGCUCCCCGCGGCUCCUGUAUACACGGUCAUAAUUCAUAAUUCCCGCCUCAUGGAUACAGGAGCUCUGAUUGGUCAAUAGCUAUCCACCAAUCAGAGCUCCCCUCUCC